AGUUUCAGAACCGGGCUGACUAGCUCUCUCCUCCCUGCCUGCCCAUCCUCCAGCAGCCUCUUCUCCAACUUCGCUCGGGCGACCCGCGUUGGACCCCAUGGCCGACCCCAGACCCAAGAAAGCCAAGAUCAGUCUCUGCAUGUUUCUAUGUCUUCUGGUGGGGGGGGUCAUCGCGGCGGUGGUCGGAAUCUGGAGGUGGCGCCACUCUUCCGAGCACAUGAAGUGGAAAGGGGCGGGCAGCACUGCCCAUUUUCAAGAAAUCGUCCUGGAGCGAUGCUACAACUACACGCAGCUGGUGCAGCCGGAGCUCAGAGAUAGAGACUGCCAAAAGAUCAGGGAGGCAUUCAGGAAUGCAUUUAUCUCUAAGGACCCCUGCAGUGCGACAGAAGAAGACUACCACCCACUGAUGAAGCUGGUGACUCAAACUGUGCCUUGUGACAAGGCAGUCUUUUGGAGCAAAACAAAGGAAUUGGCGCAUCAGUACACGAAGGUCCAGAGAGAUAUGUUCACCGUGGAAGACACACUGCUGGGUUACAUUGCGGAUGACCUUAACUGGUGCAGUGAUGCAGGCUCUUAUGAAAUGAACUAUCAAUCUUGUCCACACUGGAAGAAAGACUGCAGCAACAACUUUGUUUCUGUAUUCUGGGGCUUGCUGUCCAAAAGGUUUGCAGAAAAUGCCUGUGGUGUGGCCCAGGUGCUGCUCAAUGGAUCCAUCAGUAACGCCUUUAACAGAAAGAGCACUUUUGGAGGUGUGGAAGUCCAUAACUUGAAUCCAAUGAAGGUUCAUACGCUACAGGCUUGGGUGAUCCAUGACCUUGGAAAAUUUCCCAGUGACUCAUGCUCGGGUUCCUCCAUAAAUGAUCUGAGAUGGAUUAUAAAGCAAAAGAAUAUCAAAUUUACUUGCCAGGGUAACUACAGCUCUGUCAAGUUUCUUCAGUGUGUGAAAAAGCCUGAGGAUUCAUCUUGCAGAUGAGCCAGUCUGCGUGCUUGAGGCCCUGCAGUAUACAUGAAAAUGCAUGACUCGGGAGACACGCUGGUGGAAAGCUGAGGAUUCGGGGGCAUUCCCUGUCAUAAUAUCAACACUGGAGAUGGGAGCCUUUUCCUCUAAAGUCUUAAAAUAA